GUCCUGUACGUUGCCAGAGUCGGAAUAAGCUCUGGUCUCACCCCUGGAAARAUGAAUCCAUCCAGCAGAUUGGCCCAUACAUCCUGGGGAGGAAAAGAGCAUUAUAGAAGCAGCUACGAGAUCCUCACUAACCCUGGAUGGAGAUCACAUUUGGAAUGGAAAAAAAGCAGUGGCAAAACUCCCCCUGCUAAUGCUGUUGUUGGAGGUUCUGAUAAGGGCAAGCCCCUCUACGUGUCCAGGUUUCUGUACUCAGACGGUCACAUGAUCCCAGGCAAAGCGGCUUACUUUUAUGGAUAUGCAUACGUUGGUUAUGGAGGCAAGGAAUAUUAUAAAAGGGAAUGGUGGGUGCUGGUGGAACACACCAGCUCAGGGCGAAAGAGGGAGAUGUCCUCUCGCUUUGAAUAUCCUGAAUUGCCAGACGUUGAACCCUUGAAGAGAGCUCCCAUUCUUGAUGAUCAGUGAAGUAACAUGACCAUGGAAAACUACC